CACCGGCUGGACGUGAAGGCCUCGGGAGUCUUCGUACUUGGCAUAGGCCACGGGAACGCGUUACUCACUGAUCUGUACAACUGCCACCUGACCAAGGUUUACACUGUCGGUGGGCUGUUUGGUAAAGCCACUGAUGACUUCUCAGACACGGGGAAGCUAGUAGAGAAGACAACGUUUGAUCAUAUCACAAGGGAGAAGCUGGAACGGAUUCUCGCUGUCAUUCAAGGAACAAAUCAUAAGGCCCUGCUGAUGCAUUCUAACAUUGAUAUGAAAACACAAGAGGCAUACGAGAUGGCUGUCAAAGGGUUGAUUCGCCCCAUGGGAAAAAGCCCUCCGAUAAUCACAGCAAUCCGAUGCCUCCAGCUCACGCUUCCAGAAUUCCAGCUAGAAAUCCAUUGCUUGCAUGAGACUCAGCAGUACCUCCGAAAAAUAGUUCAUGAGAUUGGUCUGGAGCUGAAAUCAUCUGCCGUGUGCACACAAGUGCGAAGAAUACGCGACGGUGUUUUCACACUGGAUGAUGCUCUCCUGAGAACCCAGUGGAACCUGCAGAGUAUACAGAAUGCAAUUUGGGACUGUCAGCUAAAAGUGAAAACAGAGUUAGAGAAAACACUGGGCCAUCAGGAUAAAAGUUGUCUUCGUAAGAUGGAUGCUGAGAUGGCCCACGCUGCAGACAGCUGA